AUGCCACUCAUAAUUGUGACCGGUCUCCCGUGCUCAGGCAAGACAUAUCGCACACAACAGAUCCUCAGUGAACUCGAGGCCUACAUCGCCUCGAACCCUUCGUUUUCACGACGGACGGUACAAAUCAUCAAGUCACACCACUCCUCCUCCGACCAAGCAUCUGAGUCUAGCACUCCAUCAGAAACGAAACCAAGUCUCCGCGAUGAUAUCUACAACAGUGCCGCGCAGGAAAAGACGGCUAGAGCAGAGGAGUUCUCGGCGAUCAAGAGAGCCUUGUCGAAGGACAACAUCGUCAUCACGGACAGUUUGAACUACAUCAAAGGCUACAGGUACCAGCUGUGGUGCGAAGCCAAAGCCACUGCCACAAGGUGCUGCGUUGUUCAUGUGGCCGCGCAGGAAGAGGAGUGCAAGAAAUGGAACCGGGAACGGCUGCGGGCGUGGGGAAGGGAUCAGGAUGACUCGGGUGAGACAGACCCGUCGUCGACAAUGAAACAGGCUCCGGGUGCACAGGGAACGAAUGUGCUUGGAGAUCUUGCGCCGGAGAGUCACACCGCAGUCUAUGGCGACCGAGUCGUGGGAAAAACCAGCAGGUCGAGAUCAUCCUCGCUCGAUGGAGUCGAUGACGGUGACUCCGCGAAAAUGAUUGCGGACGACAGCAUGACCUUAAAGUCUCUCUACAUUAGCGACAAGACGACGACGACCACCACCUCUAACAACAAUAACCACCCCCCCUCAAUCGUAAGAAGAAACCCACUCCAAGCCUCACAAGACACAGAGCCUCCUCCCACGCAAACCGCCAUGAUCACCACCACCACCACCCCAUCACAUGUCCCAAUCCCCUCACUGACCUCAGCACCACCAUACUCAGCGAGCACGCUCCAGUCGCUCACGAUGCGGUACGAGCCGCCCUCGCCCUUCUCACGCUGGGACACACCACUGUUCAUUAUCCCGACAACGGACCCCUCACCACCGACCACCCAGAUCUGGGCCGCGCUGUAUCCGUCGGCAAGCAAACCCACGAGCAAGAAAGCCCUGGCCGAGAGCAAGAGAAGCAGAAGCAUAGAACCCGACGCCGCCACCACCACCACCAGCCCACACCGAGAGCACAUCAAUAACAACAACGACGCAGCCGCCAUCAAACCGCACGCGGCGACCGUCCUCCCCAAAGCGACGACGUCGGACGCGCUGCAAAUCCUCGAGAGCGCAACCAUGGACGUCGUCAGGCAGCUGCUGUCGGCCGCGCGGACCGCCGGCCUCACCACAUCCAACAGCAGCACCGGCGGCGAUGCGACCACACUGACAUUCACGGUCCCCAUGCCGCCGUCGCCGUCUCCGCACGAGCACGAACAACGGUCCCUCGCGCCCGUCGAAUCGAGCAUCUACAUCCCCGCGUCCGUCGCGCCCGUCCUCAGCCAGCCGCUGCUGCAGCGCCUGCGCCGCAAGUACACGCAGAUCCAGCGCGGCGGCAUCGCCCACGGCCAGGGCCAUGUCAGCGGGCGCGCCGCCGUCGUCAUGGGGUUUGUGGCAUUUUUGGACGCCGAGUGGAAUGCUGACGAGUGA